AACAUUUUACAGUAUCAUGUUGAAGACUUUAACGCAAAAACGUGCGUUUCAAUCUGUAUGUUACAUGUCUUUCUUAACCCGGUGUUGUUUUUAAUUAUUAGUCCAUGUAUCAUAUGCAGCAUAUAUGCAGAUUCUAGGCUUUGGGAGGCUACUGUUGUUUUAGCCCAUUAAGCCGGGCUUAAUUAGAUGGGGAAAUGGAUACAUGUCACACGCACGUAGAAUUUUCUGAUAUUAUUUUUGAACAUUAUUUGUAUGUUAUUCAAUAACCUCACACGAAUAGCCUUUCUGCAGUUCUGGCUAGUAUCACAUGAAAUACCAAAACAGCUGUCCUUCUUGGGUUUUGUUUGCUUUUGCUUGUAACCUACCUUAUACAUGUCGACAUUUCAUCAUGACAAAUAUAUAUAUAUUCCCUCAUGUUGGAGACAAAAUGUCCAGGAGAUAGCAAGUUUGCAUUCUGAACACCACACAAUUCUACGUUUGCAGGAUUUCCUGAUGUAGGCUAAGUGGAGCGGGGCGGGAUCGUCUCGAGCUGUUGCUACACAUACAUUAGUCAAUGAAGGAGAAGCACUAUAGGAAGGCCCAUCAAUACUUUAUGCUGUCGCCAGUUACUGCCCAAAUCUUUUACUUUCGGAGAUUAUCUGUAAACUGCCAAUAUUAUAUUUUCUCAACUUUAAGCUGUUUUACCUAUCCUACUCUUGCAGUUAUUUGGUACUUUUCAGUUAAACUGUGGAGUUAUUGAAGAUAAUCUUUUGUUAGGAGUACAUUUUCCCACACUCAGUGACUGGCACUGGUGUUAUUAUGAGCACAUUCUUGAACUAAGAUAUGCAGAGCUGCCAGGAUUGAAGGGACUUCAAAUCUGUUCUCCCGGACAGCAACUUGGGGAAAUUCACUGCUGCUGCCGCUUUGGUCUGUAUGGGAAACAUCACUGUUCCCAAAAAUAUAUGUUCUAAUAUUUUAACAUGCAAUGCAUUUAGGUACUGGACAUAUUUGAAGGGAUUUCUUUCACAUUCAGUUUGUUAAGCAAAGCCAUUAGAGAAAAUUUCACAAUAUGUUUAAAAUAAUUACCCUCUCAACAUGAAUACAUAUAGAAAUUCAGAAAACCCAAUAAUGAACAUAUUAUUUUUCUUUGGGGGGGGGGGGGGGUUCAACAAAAAUGUCAACUGACAGUUGUUAAUGUCACAGUCAGGUAAGGACCAGGGCUACCCAGGAAGCACAGAUGUCUUGUUUUUCAGGCGCGUCCACUAAAUUGGGAACCCAUGCUGUAUGUUUAGCCAUAGUUCACAAACACAAUGAACCUCAUUACAACAACUCAACACAAUGCAACAAUAAAUAGAGAUCUUGAUUAAUUUUGUAUUUCAGUAAUCCAACAUGAAUCCAACAAGUAACUGCUACUGCAUAGAACAAUGCAAUAAAAAAAAAUAUCUUACAGAAAUAUGUUUUUUGUAAUAGGGAGUAGGGACUGCUUUUGGUUAUUGACUUGGGCAGCAAUGUCUGUAUUGUGUACUUUUCACUGAGGUCCCAAUACUUGAGCAGGUUUCAUCUUAAGGUGACAGAAAAGGUAGCUCGUAUUAUCACAACUGUCGUCUGAAAUACCUUUUGGACUUUCAGAAUAAGAAGCAUGUCUUUCAAACUAAUUCUUAAUUGUUUUGUUGGGGAACAGGAGAAGGACCUGCUCCAUCGUCACCACCCCCUUCCAUUUCUCCAGAUAAAGUCAAACAUUAUAAUCCAUGAAAUAUUUUAAGAAUUAAUUGUAUUCAUUUGUUUAAUAUUAUUAGCCUUCACCCCCUCACCAAACCGUGUCCUAUCUCUCAUAAGACGUACAACAUGCUCCGUGUCCUAUCUCUCAUAAGACAUACAACAUGCUCCGUGUCCUAUUUCUCAUAAGACGUACAGCAUGCUCCAUUUCCUAUCUCUCAUAAGACAUACAGCAUGCUCCGUGUCCUAUCUCUCAUAAGACAUACAACAUGCUCCGUGUCCUAUUUCUCAUAAGACGUACAGCAUGCUCCAUUUCCUAUUUCUCAUAAGACGUACAGCAUGCUCCGUGUCCUAUCUCUCAUAAGACGUACAACAUGCUCCGUGUCCUAUCUCUCAUAAGACAUACAACAUGCUCCGUGUCCUAUUUCUCAUAAGACGUACAGCAUGCUCCAUUUCCUAUUUCUCAUAAGACGUACAGCAUGCUCCGUGUCCUAUUUCUCAUAAGACGUACAACAUGCUCCAUGUUCUAUCUCUCAUAAGACGUACAACAUGCUCCAUUUCCUAUCUCUCAUAAGACGUACAGCAUGCUCCGUGUCCUAUCUCUCAUAAGACGUACAACAUGCUCCGUGUCCUAUCUCUCAUAAGACAUACAGCAUGCUCCGUGUCCUAUCUCUCAUAAGACGUACAACAUGCUCCGUGUCCUAUCUCUCAUAAGACGUACAACAUGCUCCGUGUCCUAUCUCUCAUAAGACGUACAACAUGCUCCAUGUCCUAUUUCUCAUAAGACGUACAGCAUGCUCCGUAUCCUAUCUCUCAUAAGACAUACAACAUGCUCUGUGUCCUAUUUCUCAUAAGACGUACAGCAUGCUCCGUGUCCUAUCUCUCAUAAGACGUACAACAUGCUCCGUGUCCUAUCUCUCAUAAGACGUACAGCAUGCUCCGUGUCCUAUCUCUCCAUCAGGUGUGGAAAUGGAGUUUGCACCAAGGAGAGCCCAUGUCCAUGUGUCUGACAGUCUGACAGGAUCUGAGCAGCUUGCUUAAUGUUCCGUUUCUAUUGGUCACACCCACACACGGACCCACUAGGUGGUAUGAUGUGUACUAGGAUAGGAAUAUAAAUCUAUACAUUGUGCGUGCACACAAAGAUUAAGUUUCUAGUUUGAGUGGUUGUAUGCAUAGGAUUAUACCCAGGCAAAUGACGCAAAAACAUUCAUACUGUAAUUGAUAUAUAUAUAGUGUGUGUGUGUGCGCUCGCGCCUGCAUGUGUGUUUGUAUGGUUGAUUGCUUAAGUGUGGGUAUGUGUGGUGAGUUGGUGUAGGUGUUACGAGUUACGGGAAAUUGUAUAAUGUAGUAAUAAUGUGCAUGGAUAUAGGGCCACAUUCCAUUCUUUAUUCCAUUCUCUUCUAUCCACCCAGAAAUCUAGUAGUGGGAGGUUUCUCCACAUAUGUCAGUUUUUGGUUUUAGAUAAACAUAUGGGGAGUGGGCUAUCAAGGGCAGUGGGAGGUACUUUUCUAAAGGGGAAUAAGAGUUGCACUGGCCAUAGGAUUGGCAACCAUGUGUUGAUAAGCAUGCUAUAAUAAGCAUGUCAGGAGAGUUCAGAGAGUGCGAUAAAUUCAUAUUGGGAAGGUCAUCUGACCCUUGUUAAGCCCUCCAAAGGCUCCAGUUGGAGACAGACUAUUCUGGUGCAGCUUGCCGAAACCAGUUGUUAGUAAAUCUUCAGAACAGUAUUUACCUUUUUAUUAAAGCCUCACUCGCCUCCCCAAUGAAAUAGCUUCCCCUCCCUUUGCCUUCUAAAACAAUUUAGAUCUUUUCUUAAUUGUUUAGAUUAGGGAAGCAUAAUAUUGUAGUAAGAGGGAGAAAAACUAAAAGAAGUUUAAAGCGGCAUGCUGCUUAGCAAGUAACUCCUCCUCGCUUUCCGACAGAACCAAACAGGGUGAUCCUCUGGGUUUCCACAACUGUGACCGUCUUUUCUGAAGCACUUUAUAAGUUGUGUCUGUUGAGACAGUUGUAACAGUUGUGUAGGAGGUGUUUGAAAACAAUAACCUGUUUCCAAAAACCCACGCUGGGCUUUUCAAGGGCUGAGGUAAGGUAAAUAAAAAUAUGAAUGUUUUUCACACAUAUCGACGCCCUCCACAAGCAUAGGCCUACAACCCUUUAUGAGUAGAACCUUUGUUUUGAAGAAAAAAAGAUGCAGGUAGAUCUCAUAAUGGUAGGUUUAUGAGUAAAGCAUACCUUUUCGAAGUGAGUUUCUGUUUCGUUUGACCACUCAUGACGGACGAAGGCAGCAGCUGUGUGAACAUUACAGUGGUUGGAGCCACCUCCAGGAGUGGCUGUCACUGAAGCCUCACCUGUCCACAUUGGAGCCUUACCUGCCUGUCUAACUGGAGCCAAGGACAUCUUUCAGCUGCUAGCAUCGACCUCCCAAUGCUACCAUUGUGGGUGUCUAUUAAUAAGAAAGGAUUUUCUUUUGGCGAGGACUAGGUAGCCUACACCGCAUUGUUCAAAGGACAGUGCACUAAAAUAUGGAAAUAAGUAGGUUACUCACUGCAGAAUAAAUGCCUUUUGGUGUCUUUAAUAGGCUGAAAAACACACUGUUUACUGAGCUGUGCUGGGUGUUUGAUAAUCCAUGCAUUCAAAACACCAUCGCCAGCUCUGCAGUGCUUGUGAAUACAGUCGUACAGUAAGGUUAAGGCGGUGAGGACAAACGGAUGUUGUGACUGGCUGUGGUGGUGAGAAAGCGGUCUGCCCUGUAUCCUUGACUGCGUGGCCCGCUGGACCUGAAUAUUAAACUCCUCACUGAUUUGCAUUUGCAUGUGUGCGACAUGAGUUGCACAGGGGCUGCCUGCCUGGGCUCACAGCACAGCUCAUGUUUUAAUCAGCAUGUUUCCCUUUCACAGCUCAUCUGCACUCCUGUAGCAUCUGCAGGUGCGUUUUGUGAUGUUGAGAACACUUUACUCUCAAUUGUCAGUCCCAUUUCUCUGUAUGUUUCUUCAACUCACCUCAUUGUUGGUUUUCCUCUAAACCUCCUUGCUUUCUUGUAAGCUUUACUCUGGAAUGUGAGUUUGCAGCCAAGUUAUUGUACCUUUAUCUCAGGACACAUCUGCCCUCCAGAUGUGCCAGUACUGAUGUCUCAUAUGAUGGGAUCAGCAGGCUUUACAGGUGUGCUAUAUUUAAGCAAUAAGUUACGAGGGGAUGUGGUAUAGAGCUAAUAUAUCACAGCUAAGAGACGCAUUGCGGAGUGCCUGGACAUAUUGCUUAGCCAUGGUAUAUUGGCAAUAUACCACAAGCCCCUGCUUUAUUGCGAAUGUGAACUGGUUACCUAAGCAACUAGAGCAGUGAAAAGUGUUGUGAUGUCAUACCACUGAUAUACGGUCUCAUAUACAUUGGCUGUCAUCCAAUCAGUACUCAGGAUUCAAUAUGAUCCCAUUAUUGCUAUUUCUACUAUGACAUAUUUUGCUUGUAUGUGUUAUUAUCUCACAAAAUUUGUGUAUUUUAUUUUAGAACAAUGUAUAUUUAAAACAAUGAUGCUUUGGCAUUUUUUUUAUGCAAUGUUGUUCCUGUCAAUGAAGCAUUGAAUUAGUCUGUGUUAAGUUCAGAAAGAGGCAAGGAGAGGAUGCCUGUUGUUUUUUAAGCUGUCCCUCUCAUGUAAAGUUUUAUUGGUUUAUUUAAAUUGGUACCUUGAUUAUUUAAAAAUGUUCUAAAUUGAUGGUAAGUGGAGAUAGGUGCUACUCACACUGCCUUCGGUGUUGUGUGAGGUGUUUUUGUGGAGGGAAACAUUUCUAGAUGCCACUGUGCCUGCUCAAGCUCUCCAUUACCGGAUCACAUCCUUCCAAGAGGACACCCAACUGUUCCUGUGUGUCUAUAUUGCUCCCCUAAGUCUGUGUUGCUUUUCAUCCUCUACUUAAGGUAGAAUUACACAGAUGUCCUCUUCAGACUGCUAGUGUCAAUGCACAGUGAAUAAUUACUGUGCCAGUUGUUUAAGAGGUUCCUCUGAGUCUAUCAAUCGGGAGUCACACAACAGAGCAAGCAGAACCAUCACAAUACCAGGACUGAAACCCAUGUGAAGUGCAGGUGCGAUGUUAGAACCACGCAGCGUUCAUAGAGUACGUCAUUUGUAAUCGUGACAAUACAUUUUCUCAACACAUCUUAAAAUUGCUGAGAUUUGAUUAUUACCUCUUUAGGCAUUCUGUGUUGAGGAUGGUGUUCUGUUCAGGAUAUUGUUUUCAUUUAGUGAACUGCGAAGAGCAGCAUUUUUAUGACAAGAUUUUGGAAUUUAAGUGAGAUCUUCUGUCACUGAAUAGUAUCAAAAUUGUUUUUGCUGUCUGUAAAACAUACGGGAAUACAUCUUUAUUCCCCUGGAGUAAAGUUUCCAAAUGAUGAAUCAAAACCCACAUGUGCACCCUGUUCUUUGGCUUCAGACUAUAAAUGUUGUUUAUGUUGAUUUUGUGAGUCACAAUAACAUCCCGAAGGCUCAGCUUACAAAACAAACAAGCUGGGAGCAACUGUUUUCCUGGUGCCAUAUCUUAUUUUGAGCCAGUCUCAUUGGAGGGAAAUAUUCCUGCAGCAACAGGAAAUAUGAAUGGAUUUAGCAUUAAGAGGUACAGGAGCUCCCCCUACUGCUUGUGGCUGGGAUCACUUUACUGUUGGUGAAUAGUGGAAGACGCCCAUUUAUUUCUGGCUUAACAAAACUAGAUGGCUAACCAAACUACUGGAGAACACAUGGUUGAAGUUGCAAGCAGGUGAGAUUUUGCUUGGUGGAGGUUUGAGAAGCACAACCUCAUGGAGGUCAAAGGUCGCCUAAUCACAUCCAUGGGUGUGGGGGCUCCAGAUCAGGACAGCAAGAUGCGAGCGGAGCGCAUCUCCGCACUGCAGGAGAGAAAGCAACUCUUGGAGGACCUCCUGAGCAGCCGUGUGGGAGAGCUGAGACGAGUGUGUCUGCAGGAGGCGGAGUUGACCGGGAAAGUCCCACGUGCUUUUCCCCUAGAGACCGGAGAGAGAGUUCCAGUGGUACAGCGCAGAGCUUGCAUGCCAUUUAACAACACUAUGGAAGAGGACGAGGCAAGUCAGCGAAGGCAGAUGAAAACCCUCUUCAGCGGUGCUUUGUACAGACACUCAGAAUCAGAGAGGAAUGUCCCCAGCAGUAGGAGAACGGUUCACCGGGGAUGCCACACAGAAGACACAGUGAUGUCGGAGAGUACUAGUUCCAUGUCAGAUUCAACAUCCCAUGACAACGAGGAGUCUUCUCCCAGUGUAGCAGCAGACCAUCGCUCCAUGUCUCAGCCCCGGCUCACCCUGGGCAGCCCAGACCACCGGGUGUGUAGGAAGCCUUCCCCAGUGGAGAUCUACUAUGAGAUGAGGAUGCGCCGUAACUCUGUGACCAGCUCCAUCAGUCCUACGCAUUCUCUACCAAGGAGUGCAUCUAAUGUUGAAGGCAGAAGUGUUCCUGCUACCCCCCUCCUUGCCCGAACCGCUCCAAUCAGUGUUCAUGUCAGAUUGGAUGGCUCCGGUGGGAUUGCGUUAAAGCAGUGGUCUGGCAGCCUGGAUGUACCACAUAUGGUGCCCCUGGCUCAGGAAGGCUCCUCCUCAGACCGCAGAAGCUGCCCUUACAACUCCCGUGCACGACGGAGCAACAGUUCUGAGGCGCUACUUGACCGCUCCAGUCUCCCCGAUGACCCGGCCCCCAGGAACGGGAUGCCCCCAAGAGGGGGGCCCUACAAAAGCUCAGAGGCCCUCACCGACGGCAAGCUCCGGCACAUCCACCUCGGCAGUCCCGAGAGGCACCUGGACGGCUCUACAGAGCAGGGCAACAUGCGCCUGUCCAUGGGUGGGAGGGGAGACACGGGCGGAGGGGGUCACAACGAGCUUCUAAUGGAUUACAUCUGGGGGAAGCAGAGGAUCCAGGUGCAACACCAGCUGUACCAAUCAACGGGCCGAAUCUGGCAGGACAUUUCCUCCCCUCGAUCCUCCACGGCCGCAGCGCCUCCUCACGUCAAUGGCUUCUCCCACUCCCAGGUGCAUCUCCCCAGCGCCGCUCCCCCCUACAGCCCGAUGGCGGUCCGCGGCUCCCAGGUUGAGCCUCGCCGAGUCAAAGUGACCCGGACCAAGUCCUGCGGACCCUUCAUCCCCCUGCAGCAGGACGCCAUCCUGCUGUCCGCCUACGAGUCUCCCCACCCCGGCCCGGGCCCCACCACCUCCUCCAUCCCCAACCUGCACCCCUACCAGACGGAGGUGUGUGGAGCCUCGUUCAGUCGCAGGCCUCCCCAGUUCUCUCUGCCCUCCGCUGAGGACUCGGCGCGCAGCCUGCAUAAAGCCCUGGCCCUGGAGGGUCUCAGAGACUGGUACCUGAGGAACUCCCUGGGGUACCCAACCACCACGCCGAAGGGGCACGACGCAGGGGUCUCCCGGCUCUCACACCCCCACCCUGCGGCGCACCAGGCUCAGUCUGUGCCAGGCGAACCGCUCCAUAGGUCUCAUAUGUCCCAGUCAGCCAGUUUCCAUGGACACCCGCUGCAUGGAAGGUCAAUGGAGUUCUCACUCUAUCAGGAGCCGCUUCAUCCUCAGAUGCAAGACAUGACUCCAAAGGAGCCCAGCGCUGACCCAGGCACAUUGGUUUAAUGUAGCUGAAUAUGUAUUCAAACACACAUGUACACAUACACACUACAUUUUACUAUCUUUGUGGGGACAUGAUUAACAUUAUUCUAACCCUAACCUCAUUUGUAACGUUUGCACUGAACAUAACCCCUAAGCUGGAAAAAAAAGGCUGUUUAUCUCACAGGGAACAUCUCCAGAAGAUAAAAUGUUCCUUGUGUUACUAAAACUUGUACACACACACAUAUUUGUUUUUCUAUCUUGGUGGAGACCAGAAACCCAGAAAUCCAUGCUCCCUAAAUCCUAAAUGUAACUCUAACCUUAACCUAACCAGAACAUGAAUGUAAAAGUAACCUAUAUUCUAAAACUAUGCCAAAUUGCGAGUUUUUCCAUAAACGUUACCCCGAAAACAUGUUUUUUCUAGUGGGGAAAGGCCAAGAAAACCUUGUGAGGACUGAUUUAUCAUCCUUUGCUAUCUUUGCAGGGACUUCUGGUCCCCACAUGUACACACUGACCUGGAUCACACACACACACGUUUGACGUUUGACUAGGCUUGUGAGGAUGCCUCAAAUUAUUCCCAUCCAAAUACUUUUAACUCUAACCUUAACCUUCACCCAAAAUGCAGAAAAACUAAAGAAAAACACAAUGCUAAGUCUAAUUCUAAACCCAAUUGUAAUUAUAAUCCUCAACGUAGCCCCUACACUGAAAAUAGCAUUUUUAAUCACUGGAUACUGACAAAAUGUUAAAGUUAAACCUCCCUUGUGGAGGUUUUGAUCCCCACAAUGACAGUAAAAUCUGUACACAUACACACCCACAAAUGUAGUGUACACACACAAACACACAGAUCUGAACAAUGUAAGAGGAGCUGGUGUAGGUGUUGUCACAAGCUAAUGUAGCUAUAUAUAUAUAUAUAUAUAUAUAUAUAUAUAUAUAUAUAUUAUAAAAUAAAUAGGAAAAUGCAGAAAAAGACUACAGCCAAGCUGAAGGCCCUAUGUGAAAAAUGUUCCCACAAAACCUUUGACAUUGAUGUCGCAAAGCUAAGAAUGGAUUUGCACUGGAGCUGACCCUGGAGUCACUGAAGUUAUUGUUAUUCUGGAACUACUACUGUAUUAUAUCCUGGAACUACUAGUAUGCUAUAUUAUACCACUGGACUGAACCAAGCUUCAUGUAACAAAGAUCCUCCUGGUUUAACUGAACAAAUCUCUCAAUAUAUAAUUUUUUACUGAAUAUAGUAUUCAAAAUACUAUUUUGUAUCAUCUAAGAUAUAAAGAAUAGUUAUAUAAAAGAGGUAAUUUAUUGCUCAUUAGUCUUGUGAUCUAAAAAAAAGGAUGUAAUAAAAACUCAUAUCAUCUAUUUAGACACAACCCCGAACAUGUACAUUUUAUGUGUUUGAAAACAUAAAUAAGACAUAUGUAGAAUUACAAUUUAAUCACUUAGCAGAAAGUCUAAUCCUUAGUGACUCACGUACAGUAUGUCUUAUCUUUUCAUCUGUCUAUAAAACAUAAAAACAUACACAUUUUAGCCAUGCUUGCUAUUUCUCAUGUUUGUGAAUGAAUGGGACUUACAUUGUAAUAUUGUAGACUGGGGAACAAGACCAGAGCAUCCAUGUUUACAACAAUUGUGCUUUUGAAUAAUCUACAAUGCUAUCACUAAUCAUUUUUUAAGCUUGUUCUUCAAUCAACAAAUGAAAGCAAUUCAUAGUUGUCAAAGUCUUUUAUUUCAUGUUUUCAAAGGUAAUUUAUUUCCAGCUGCUGAAAGAACAGUAGCCAAGUUGAAAUAAAAACUUGAGGGCUUAGAGGUCUAUGACAGUCAUUUAUAGAUACGAUAUUCCUUUGUAUUUAUUCAGUUGCAUAGCCAGUAUUUCUUCAGAGCACUUUAUAAAUGUUAUAAGCCUUAAACCCUUGAAAGCAAGUGCAAAAGUGGGAAAGGAAAUUAUACGCAAGAGAGAACACACUAUAAACCGAAUAUGGUUCACAGGGUAUCAAGUUUCAGCAGAUGAAAGUGUUACUCGUUUUUUCAAAGGGUCUACAUCAACUGAUGAAUGUUUAUAGCCUAAUUGGACAUUUAGUAUAAAAUGGAUGGAGUGUGUAGUGCAAUACAUAUUGUCAUGCGUUGUCAAGAAUUAAACACACAUUUGGAUCUCUAUAUAUCAUGACAACAAGCCAGAUUGGAUGCUAAAUUCGUUUAUUAACUGAUGUCAACUUAAUGUGUAGAAAUGAAAUAGGUUUGAGGUAGAUGGGACUGUAAUGGUGAUGGUGGAAUGAUGUCAUGAGCAGGCCUUAUGUCAAUCAGUAGUCAUAGGUGUGUGGUGACACAACAUAAAUUUAUACAACUCAUUUUAUCAUACGUUCAUCUUCAUCACUACUAACCCACAUUCAUAUUAACAUAAUGGGGGGAAAAAACACAUAUUAAUGAAUAACAAAUGAUAUGCCCAAAUGCCACCAGAAUUUAAGAACAACACUUUCAUGAGCUUCUCACAACAUUUGCUUGUCUGUUCUUAUGUAACUUGAGGUACAUGAUUGUAUACCAGUAAAACAGGUCCGCAACAAUAACAUGAAUAGAAGAAAUCUUCUAGACUAACAUGGCAAGUCUAGGUGUAUUUACCAUGAUGUAGAAUGUCAUCUGGAAAAGACAAACAUACGUGUAGCAAAUAACAUUUCAUUUUACAGUUAAAAGAUCUGACUCAUGAUUGUCAUGGCUUUUCAUCUGUUGAUUGUUUUUCAGGUGAAGAUAUUCCUUUUAACUCAAGUACCUUUAUUGGAAUGUAAUAUGGUUUUAAAUGUUGGUGUUUUCACAUUCAAUAGUUAGUAUGUGAAGUUCUUCCAGCUAGUCAAACCUGAAACUGAUGACCAAACUGCUGUGCAUUGGGGAUCCUAAAUGUAUUUUUCAGGUGAUGUACUUAUGUCUGUAGAACAUAAAUUAAAAUGCAUUUAGCUUGAAGCAAAUGUAUCCAGAAUAUAUAUUGUAUAUUUAUGAACUUAUAACAUUUUGUAUCUAUUUGUGAAAUACACUUCUGUCAUAAAGCCCAUUCAGUUCUCAGCACCAGCAAGGGAAAUGUGGUGUUAACCAACAUUUACAAGUAUAUCAGUAGCAUCUUUUUAGAGAAAUAACUCAAAUGGAUUAAGUUGAUUGACUGGAAUUGUUUGAGACAUAUUGAUUGAAAUACCCUUCUGUUCCCCCCAUCCCAUUAUGCUAUAUUUAAAAGGGUGAGAAAAACUGUACUGUUUGAGGAUGGUAGACAUUCAUUUCUUUUUUAAAUAAAGUGUCAUGGUA